CCAACCUCCCGCUUUAGAGGAAGAGAAGUGUACUUAGCAUAGAUGUGUGAGGAGAGAAAGUGUCACAUGUCUGCUCCAGAGCCUACUCAAAUGGUAGCGCGAAUCUAAAGAGUGACCCGGUGCUGUCGGGUUCGGGUCUCGGAUCAGUCUCAAAUCAUCAGCGUUUUCUGUGAAGUUGAUGGAGUAAUGACAAGGUGAAGAUCCACUCUGAUGUCUGCUGGUGGUUUGGGGAUGGAUGACUCGAUGGAGGAAACAAGGGCCGUACCAUUAAGGCAAUCGAAGGAAGGUUGUGUCCUCACGAGACAACCCGCGACGAAACGCUACAGUGAGAUUUUACGGGACUUCGAUAACUUGGAGCUGUCCUUAUGUUGCAGCCCGUCUCCGGAGGAGCUACUCGGAGACUCUGAUAUUCAGUCGCUCUCAGAGACAGUAGACACGACGUUGGAUGAUUUGUCUAGUGAAGACGUGGAAAGCACACUGGUCUGUCCUGAUGAAGAAGAAAAAGAUGGUGGCAUGUCGGCCCAGAAUGCUGAUGCGACCAUGUGUCGCGCCGAGGGCGGCGUGGAGCUCGCCUUACAGUACGCCAAGAUGUGGUGCCGCUACGCCAAGGACCUCCUCACCUGGAUCGACAAGAGAAUCACCCUGGAGCAAGAAUAUGCCAAGAAUAUCACGAAGGCAGCGGAAACCACGAAGUGUUGUAUUGCUCAGCAGGACCUGAUGCCGCUGCAGUCGAUUUACAGCAUGGUUCUGGAGCAGGACCUGAAGAGCAGCACAUCAGCCAAACACACCACUGAGCUCCUGUACCAACGAUGCUACCAGGCUUUGUCUGCCAAGCGUAAUGAGAUUGACAAGUGGCGUCGGGAGUUUAAAGAGCAGUGGACCAGGGAGCAGAAGAGAAUGAACGACGCGGUUGUGGCGCUGAAGCGAGCUCGACAGCAGUACCUACAGCGCUGUGAGGAGCUGGAGAAAGCCAAAGCCAUGACUGCCAAAGGAGUCGAUGAACUCAGCGGCACAAAGACCCUGGACAAGAGGAGGAAGUCUCAAGAUGAGGCUCAGUCCAAGGUUUCAGAGGCUGAGUUAUUAUACAGGCAGUGUGUGAGCGAUGCGAAGGGUCAUCAGGAAGAGCUGGAGAAAGUGAAGGAGAGGAUCAUCGUCCACACCCGCAAGCUCAUCUGCCAAGGAGACAACGUGCUCAAAGAGGUGACGGUGAACAUGUUCUUCUACCAGAGACAGCAGAUGGAGCCGAUCCCUUUAGGAUACAUGAACCUGGAGCUGACCUGCAGGCCGUGCGAGCCCGGAGAACCCUACCUGCUCUACAUCUCCAGGAAGUGCGGACCUGAGCAGCCCCUUCAGACCUUCACCUUCCAGGAGUUCAUCCCUCAGAACAAGAGAACUCGUAAAGUGAGUAACGCCCUGACGCCGCUGCAGGACUCGUAUCCUCUACCCGAGGACAUGAAGCGCUACAGUGAUGGAAGAACAGCACGCAUCGCAUACAGCGACAGUGACAGCAUCGGAGGAAGCCUGGAGUCUCUCUCCAGUCCAGCCCAUAUGAAUAAGCUGCCGAAAGCUCCGUCUACUGGAACCGUGUCCUCCGAUGACCUGGACGAGAGAGAACUGAGCGCUGAAGCUGAGAGUUCUGAUCCUCUAAACGACAGUAACGGCACCUACUCUAAAGUGCGCACCACGUCCCGGGCAGCUCUCACUCACCGCCUCAAGAAAACAAAGAGCAAAAUGCAAAAGUGCAAACUGUGCGACAACUUUAUCCUGGUCAGCGGCAUCGAGUGUGAGGAGUGUGGCUUGAUGGUGCACAGGAAGUGUCUGGAUCUGUGCCAGAUCGAGUGUGAGCGCAGGAGGGGGGUUCUCUUUGGGAUCGAGUUCUCCAUGUUGCCCAGAGAGCAGCCGCAGGACGUUCCCUUCAUCGUGCAGCGCUGUACUGAAGAGCUCGAGAGCCGAGCACUGACCGUGCAGGGUGUUUAUCGGAUUAGUGGGUCAAAACCCAGAAUCCUAAAACUGUGUCACGCUUUUGAGACCCAGAAAGACCAGGUCGACCUUUCGGACCUCUCGCCCCAUGACAUCACUUCCGUUCUCAAGCUCUUUUUCAAAGACCUUCCUGAGCCGUUGCUGACCUUUGACCUUUACAACGAUUUCAUCAACAUUGGAAAAGACAUUCAGAAGCUCACCGAGAAAGACCAUUCAGAUGAGAGUGCUCAGAUAGUGGAGAGCAUAUUGAGCAAUCUGAAGCAGGUUCUAGGACGACUUCCUCCCUGUAAUUACAGCACGCUGCAGUACAUGAUGGCUCACCUGCACAGGAUCUCAGAGUGUGAAGAGAAUAAGAUGUCUCCCGGUAACCUGGGCAUCGUGUUCGGCCCCACUCUCCUGCGCCCCCUUGUGUCAGGCGACGUGUCCAUGAUCGCCCUUUUGGAAAGCAGUUACCAGGCCCUGCUGGUGGAGUUCAUGAUCUCACACCAAGACCAAAUCUUCGGUCCUACUCUGAAGACGUGCACACCUCUUCCACCUGUACCCACUAACCCACCCCCGGGGGCGGAGCCUGAGUCUGACACAGCUGACGAGCGUGGAGCCUUGACCAGAGAACGGCCGCAGUCUCUCGAGUCCUGGCUAUGAGGGACGUACCAGCCUCUGCGUGGGGUCACUCCAAGGGUGCACUCAUGGACCCAGUCGAGGUAGUGUACUCCAACGAGGAAUCAGAGGGAAUUCUGCGAGGUUGUGCGUAUACGACAGCUCCAGCUCUGCAGCGCUAGAGACUAGAGAAAAAUAAACAUCUCCAGCGGUGACCACACUCCUUAGCCCUGGGAAUCCUGAAUCAAACAUUGCCAUUAGGACAGAUAUGAUGGAUAAAUGAUGGUAGCCACCUGGUACAUAAGACCGCUACUGUCCACAGGAAGUGACCCGAUGGAUCAGGAUACACAGGACCAUUUUGUCCAGACUGAACCCGGGAAAAAACAGCUCAUGGAAAGAUGAAUAAAUCCGUUUUGUACCACGUGCUGAUACAUUUUAAAAAGAUAAGCGUCCUUCAAGGAUUCUUCAAGGGUUAUUCAAGGGUUCCUUGAAUAAUUAAGGGUGCAUAGCUUCCUAAACGGUUCUACAGGGAAACACUGAAUAACUCUUAACGGUCACAUUUAACCAUAAAACAUGGAUUAGGAUACAUAAGUGCACGGUUAUGUCAUUUUUUUAAAAAACAACACGGCUUGGCUGUCUUAAAUUAUUGUGCAUGUUCAUUUUCAUUUAAUCUAGAACCCUGUGUUAAGAUUAUUCUAGCAGUAUUAGCUUCUUGAUCUAAUUUUUUUUAAACGGAGACAUGAUUUAACUGACUUGCUCUCAUCCUUGGAUUAUGUAUAAAACAGGAAAUCAUUUUAGGACUAUGUUAGGACAGCGUUUAGACCUUUCAUUGAUAAUUGUUGUAUUUUGUAUAUUUGAAUUAUGUUCCCCAGUGGAACCUAAAUAUAUUUUUAUAAAAAGAACAAACUGAG